UUUUAUUUUUAUUUCUCACCUUCUCCGCUUGGGGCGUACCCAUUGAAUCCUCUCUGAGAAAUCGUGUUUGCGAGCCGAUUCCCACAUGGCUCGCAUCCCAUUAGCAUCCCCACGAAGAAGCCAUCGCAGUGGCAAUCCCAAGAGCAAGAAAAUUGUCGAAGACGACGACGGUGGUCAGACUCGUUGUGUCUGCAAUCAGCAACACCAUGAAGGUGUCAUGAUCCAAUGCGAAACUUGCAAGGUCUGGCAACACUGUCCAUGUGUUGGACUAGGUGAUGGUGAGGUCACUCCUGACAAGUACUACUGCGACGCUUGUCGUCCAGAGAACCAUCCAUAUAGAGUACAAGACGGUCAACUAAUUUCAAAUAUUAAGAAUGCUACCCCGCAAGUAUCUUCGAUAUCUACUACAGGCACAAAGGCAAAAUCGUCCAAAAAGAGGAGCACCAUGAAUUCCAAGGACGCCGCAUUCUUCAUGGAUCACACAGCGGAGUAUUCAAGUAAGGACGACCAUAACCACCUAUUGCCAGUCAACAACACAGGCGUUCAAACGAACAACGACAGCGAGAACCUUAUCAAUGGCCACCAUCGAACUUCGAAGCGCCGGAAAAGGAUGGACAGUAAUGUCGACCCCAAUGAUAACCCAAACACUCUUCGCAAUGCCAAUGGACAGGCUGGGGAUCAAAAGUCUGGUCAUACUGCUGCAGCAGAAAAAGAUGUGGAAAUGCAAGCGAGUGUUACAAGCAGCUCACCAAAGACAACACAAGGCAAGAAUAAGACUCAAGCUCGUACAGUAAAGCCCAAGAAAACCAUCAAAUUGUCCUCCACUCAGUCUCCUCCUAAUUCUCCAGGAGUUAUAGAAGAAGAAGAGGCCAUGCAUGGUCAAGACGGUCAGAAUGGUAUGGAGUCAAUCCAAUCCACUUCAUUACCAACGCAAUUAACGCGCAGAGUGAGUGGCAAGAAAGGCGCCCGCACCGUUCCUGAGGGAUCAAUAGGCUCUACAUCACACGUAAAACGAAAAAAAUCAAUUAAAUCAGACACACCACAAUUAGACGAACAGUCCCACAGCUCAGAUCAAGAAGAACCAGAUUUUGAUCAGAACGAAUCAGCGCAGGAUACUACGGAUGCAACUACGGACUUUAAACCUAGCUCUAACAACCAUCGCAGCCAAGGUGACAAUUCUAACCUACUACAUCCAACUAUCAAGCGACCAAGCUCUCAAAAGGGCCAUCUUGGCGAUUCAGAUACACCAACUCCUUCAGGCACGCCUCAGCCAAUGCAGCCGGCGCCUCCUACUAAGGUUAAAUAUCCCUCCCCAAGAAUGACCUUCAAGGACAUGAACAAGCGCGCCCAGCAACUCUUGGAGUAUAUCAGCCGAGUCCAAGUGGAAAUGACUGAGCUGCAAAAUAAGGCGAAGCAUGAUAUACUCAAAGAAAUGGCAUGCGUGCCACAAGCAAAGUCGUCUGGCUUGACUGUUGACACUGCAAUGCAAGCACUUAAGCCUGGCUCUUCAGAUACCGAAUCUCGCUGGCUUUCAACUCCUCCACAGUCGGUGCACGAAUUGGGACAUGGAGAUGGAUCAGAGCAGAUUCUAGUGGCAAAAUCACUGUUUAAGAAUGGUGUCGAAGAAAACAUGGUUUUAGCUUUGAGUACAACAGAGUCUGAUUUCAAGAAGGAUAAGGCCCCGAUGACCCCACCUCACCAGCCUACUAUUGAUUGUGGUGUUGCUGAAUUAAUGGAGGUCGACAGCGUCGUUUCCUUAAAUGAUCAUAGUCAGUAUGAGAGCAGUACAAGGCCUACCAUGGUUACUAGUUUGGAUUUGAUGGAGAAACUAACAGGUGAAUUGAUUAGUUUUCAAGAAAAAUAUGGACAUUUUGGGGAGUGAUAUAUUUGUUUUUCAUUAUGCCUUUUGUUUUUUGUUUUUUCUCCUGUUGCUGCUAUCGAC